AUGUCGUGGCCUCCUAACUCACCCGUAACGUCAAAAGCGAAAAAUAAACCGGCAGAUAAAAUUAAAAUUGACAACAAUAUACAGGCUUCUCACCUAAUCAAAAAUACUACAAAUAAUUCUAUGAUGAAUCCUACCAAUUCAAAUUCUACUCUCGAAUAUGAUAACAUGCAAAACAACAUGGAUGUUGGUUGGACACAAAAGUCUACUACUAAUAAUUCCAAUUUAAAAGAAAGUCACCAACUUCUGGAAACUAACAACCCUAGCACCUUUCCUCCCACUUCAUCUCAGAGAACUUAUGCCCAUACUACUUCAAAUCAGUCAAGAGAUAGUAACCAUCUUCCUCAACCACCUAGUUUACCACCACUAACCGAAACUGAUAAUUCUAUUGCUAUAACUGAUGAGGACAAGGCUAAGACUUUUCGUCAACACCUAUCGGAAAUAUUUAAGCCUCAUCCUGAUAUAAAUAAACCAGAUCUCACCUCUAAGGCACCAGCAGAAAUAGAAAUUGAAUGUUUAUCGACAUCGCCAAGGUCAAAAUCUGUAGUAGAAGACAGUCAACUUGACCCCCCUAAUGACGUGGCUAAUUUUUGUCGAAAAUCACUUAAUGAUAACGAGAAAUAUGAACUUAUUGUAAAAGCAUGGGUACCUGAUAUAACCUAUAAAUUUCCAACUUCAAGUAAAUGGAAAUUAAAAUUUCAACAUUCUUGGUUGCGGUCUUUUCCUUGGUUGACGUAUUCAGCAAUCGAGGACGGAGCGAGCCUAUUGAAAUCACGAAAAUCUAAAAGCUUUUAUACAGACUUCGUUUGGUUGAAGAAAGCCCUUGAAAAAUUUAAAGAACAUCAAAAUAAAUUAUACCACAAGGACGCUAUAGAAGAUGCACACAAUUUUCGUCUAAUUUUUGAAAAUAAAAGAAACGAUGUGAUCACUGAAAUUGACAAAGGUAGAAAACAACAGCAAUUGGAGAAUAGAAGAAAAUUGACUCCUAUCAUUAGAGCAAUUUUACUGUGUGGCAGACAAGGACUUGCAUUGAGAGGUAACCGUGAUUAUGGUCCACUAUUAAUGAGUUUCCAAAGAAAUGAUGGCAAUUUUAGAGCGUUUCUUCGAUAUGCCAUAGAAUGUGGUGACAUAGAUUUACAUCAACACUUACAAACUGCUUCUAUAAACGCUACGUAUUUGAGCCCUCGAAUACAAAAUGAAAUAAUUGAUGCAGCAGGGAAAAUAAUUACAAACAAAAUUGUGGAACGCAUCAAUAAGGCUAAAUGUUUUGCAUCAAUUGCCGAUGAAACCAUAGAUGUAAGUGGCAUCGAGCAGUUUUCUGUUUGUGUAAGAUACGUUGAUGAAAUUGAAGGAGAAUAUGUAACCCGAGAAGAUUUCCUGUGCUUUGUUCCAGUUGAGAUUGUUACAGUGGAAGGACUUGCAAAUACGCUUCUGACCACUUUAUAUGCCCUUGGUGUAAACACACUUUUUAUGAAAGGACAAGGUUACGAUGGAGCGCGUGCCAUGAGUGGACAAUACAAUGGUUGUGCAGCUAUAAUUAAAAAAAUCUGUCCAGAGGCUGUUUAUGUGCACUGUGCUAAUCACAACUUAAAUUUAGCAAUAACACAUGCUUGCAAAAUUACUCCAAUCAGAAAUUGCUUAGGAACAAUUAAGGAAAUUGUAAAUUAUUUUCGUAAAUCAAAUAAAGCUGGAUCAAUACUGAAAAAUAAAAUAAAAGCUGAUGUUCCAGAAGCUAAACAAACACGACUCUUGAAAUUUUGCGAAACAAGGUGGGUGGAACAUUUAAACUCACUCAGUUUAUUCUAUGAUGUUUUUGAAUAUAUAUGCUCUGCGCUUGAAGAACUGGAAGUAACAACCUGUAAAGUUGAUGGAGUACAACCACACACUCUUCUUUUAUCAAUUUGUACACCUCAAUUUAUUGUUGCAUUAUUAGUACUAAAACCGAUUUUUAGCUUGACUAAAAAUCUUAGCUUAUCAUUGCAAAAAGUAGAUUGCGAUUUAAGCAGUUGCGUUCAGUAUUCAAAUAAUUUGUAUGAAGAAAUCAAUCAGAUGAGAGAAAAUGCAGAAAGUAAUUUUAAAAACGUAUUUAAACAAGCUAUGGAAAUGGCAGAAAAAACCGGUGUCCAAAUGAUCAUUCCUCGGCGUGUUAAAAAUCAAAUACAUCGUGAAAAUUAUGCAGGCAACCCUGAAGCAUAUUAUCGUAAAUCGAUAUUUAUUCCAUUUUUAGAUCAUUAUCUGGAUCAAUUAAACUCAAGAUUUCUUGACCAUAGUACACUACUUUUAAAAAUACAGAAUAUUUUGCGGUCGAAAUGUAUAGCGUUGGAUACAGAUGGAAUUAAAGAAACAGCACACACUUUAAAAACAGAAUGGCCAAAUGAGAUACUUGGAACAUCAGAGGACUUAAUAGCCGAAAUAGUUAUGUGGCGAAGGCAUUAUUUGGGCCUGCCAAAUGAAAAUCGACCAGUAUGCUUUAUCCAAGCUCUAAGUGCCGCGCCACACUAG